GUCCGAAACCACAACACCCGUCUUCUCACAGCGUUUCAAGCGAAUAUUUUCAUCCACUUUGCUGAUGCACGUUUCAACUGGCACUAACUGUGGAAAAUGGAGAUCAGGAAGAGGAUUCCAACUGGAGUUAGCCUUCUCGCGGCAGUUCUUCUUGGCUUCUCUGAUGGGCAGAAAGUGGCGGGACCGUACGAGAUCGUCGUAGAACACAUGGAAACAUGCCCACCCAAGCUACUUGAUCGCCCAUUUCCUGUGACUGUAAGCUCCAGCAGAUAUGGUCAUGACCCCCAUGAGAAAUAUUUCAACGGAAACUUCACCACAAGUUUGACUUUCGAUGACAACGUAAACAGCGCCGUCGUGUUCGAUGCGUGGAGUUCUCGCGGGGGCUGGAAGGAGAACGCCGUGGUAAUGAAGUUCAGUCGUCUCUGCUCGUCUAUGAGCGCCUAUCUUCCAACCGUGUGGCAGCACCUUCGCACCCACGUCUAUGGGUCCAGAGGUCUCAUCAGGGACUGUCCCGCACCACCGGACACGUACAGCGUUUACAACCUGACGACGCCACGCUCGUCCGCGCUCAUCCCAGCGUUGUUCUACGGGAAAUGGCGUGUGAACCUCAGAGCCUUCCUCAAGGAACAAUGUUUUAUGUGCAUCCGUAUAGUUUUGCGAGUUGAACCCAAAGUCCCUCCAAGUUCACAGGGCUAAGCAACUAAAUGAACUAAGUUUAAGGACACCAGCGCUCCAGUUUUCAUCCUCCUCUGUUCUUUCGGAUCGUCUGUCGUGUACGUUACUUCCGGCAGGAUGUCACCACGGGCCUGUCCUCUCCUCGCAGCAUGCUGCCUCGUCCUCGUCGGCGUCGCAGUGUUACCCGUGGGCCUUAGCGCGGCCGCGGCCUCCACCACCCUUGCUCCCGACGACUCAUCGCAGGCACCAGUGCUCGGGAAUGCGACUACACCUCAGUCUGGGAACGUGACCGCGUGCGACCGCGUGGACUCCAAGCCAGACGGCAGCAAAGUCUGCACCAGCGCGGUGCGUGCCUGGACGCUGCCGUGCGUGGGCUACAUCAUCGUCGCUGGCAUCGCGGGGUUCUUCGCACUCUUCCUUACGGUGCCUUGCAUGCUGGCCGCGGUGGGCUUCGGUGUCAUCGGCGUCGCGGCAGGCAGCAUUGCAGCGUGCUUUCAGGGAGCCUGUGGGACGCCGCCCUGUUUCCGUUGCAUGCAGAGUACAGCGAUGCUGGGAGUCCCUCUACCAGUUCGCGGUUGGAUGGGAGCGGUGGGCUUCGGCGCGGGCUGCGUGGCGGGAGCGUACUGGCUUCCUAUGUGCUUUACUGAUCAGGAAACACCCAUCAAUGUCUCCGGUUAAGAAUGUCAUUCCGUUUUACCUUCUUAAACUUCUGAUUUAAAAUGCAGUCUUUAUUUAUUUUAUGAUUGUUGUGUGAUGCUUCUAAUAAAACAGGACAAAGUAAAAGUUAA